GCCGGCCGGGCAGCAGCUCGGCAGCGUUCACACAUACCAACAACAACGUCGUUAUCACGGUUCAAAGUCGCAACAAACUUUUUUCAUACUCGAUCCGCGAGGAUUGGAUUUUCUUCUUCUCUCGAGUAAUCCGUUAGCUUUCGAACAAUUGAUUGCUGCAUCGGAGCGUCAUCAUGGUAGCGAAUAAAGAUGCUGGCAAAUCGAUCGAAGUCGUCGACCUUACGGACGACUCCGCCAUCGAUUGGACCGCGAGUCAACUCUACCAGCCACCACCGCCGAAGCCCAAGUACGUAUUCGCGAGUUCGCUCGUGAAGCUCGCUGAUUUACAAUCGACCACCUCUGAUGAAAAUACAUCUGUCGCUGUGACGUCGACGGUCAUCGAGGAUCGCAGCGCGGCCGGCGAAUUAUGCACGACCACCGCCACCACCACCAUCGUGACCGCAGCGGUAACUGCUGAAACGAACUUGGACCGGCCGCCGCCCCCUCAAGCGAAUAAUUGGCGCAUCAAAAUCACGAAACUGCCCCAAGACAACAACAAGACGCUGUACACGUGCACCGUGUGUCCGGACGACGAUCAGCGGCCGACCUUCGAUUGCAUCAAGGAGUGCAAAGUACAUCUGCGCGAGAUCCACGCCGACUCGGGCUACACGUGCUUCUGUGUGCUCUGCGGGAUUCUGCUCGACACCGACGAGCUGCUUCUGGCUCACAUGGAACAGUCGCAUUAACGAUAAAUGUAUUAUAUUAAUAAUAAUGAAAUUAAGAAAAAUUCAAAAAACCGACCAUGGCGAUGCGCGCCCCCGAUUCGGAGCGUAAUAAUAAUGAUGUAUCAUAUUAAUAAUAAUAAAAUUGAGAAAAAUUCAAAAAACCGACCAUGGCGAUGCGCGCCCCCGAUUCGGAGCGUAAUAAUAAUGAUGUAUUAUAUUAAUAAUAAUGAAAUUGAGAAAAAUUCAAAAAACCGACCAUGGCGAUGCGCGCCCCCGAUUUAGUGCAUAAUAAUAAUAAUAUAGUACGCGGAGUUCGAGGACGAAUGUAAAUUAAUAUGCCAUGACUUAUUUGUAAGAUUGAUAAUAAUUUCUACGAUUAAUUUAUUUUAAUUUAAUGUACAUACAUACAACAAAUAAUUAUUUGAUUCUACUGAAACACUCGUUAAUUAUAUCCGAACGAUGCGUAUUGCAUCGGAAUUGUACAAUUUUAAGUUACCGAUAAAAAAAGAGAUUAAAAAUAUUAAAUUUUCAUGAACUGCG